AACGGCCGCGCGUUGAUCCGCUCGGUGCGGUGGGCCGUGAUACGUACAGGGCGGAUCGUCACGCGCGCGUUGCGCGCCGUCGCGAAUUCGCGUCAGGAACGUGUCGAAUCUCGCCGCCGCCUGUCUCGCCAGCCGUGUCGUGUUGCUGCGUCGCGCAUUUCGUCGCGCACACGCGAGCGUGUGCGUGCGUGCGUGCAUGCAUGCGUGCGUGCGAGCAAGCGAGCGAGCGAGCGGGCGAGUGAUCGGUUCGAGCUCUCCGUUCUAGUCAGCCCAUUGUCGAUUAUCAAGGCAGCGCGAACGAAAUUCGCGAAAACGCGCACACGAGGUACUCCGCGCGCACAACGAAUCCUCCAAAUCCAAAGUGCUUCGAGAGUGCUCUCUCUAUAGCCGAGAAACCGAUCUGCACGAGGCCGUUCGAGAGAGAGAGAGAGAGAAAGAAAGAGAGAGAAAGAGAGCGCGAGUGAGCGAGCGGACGGGCGAGCGAGCGAACGAACGGGCAAGGCACUUCGUAACGCUAGAUUCAGGGCACAUGGGAUCAUCCAGGCCCAUCUCGAGAUGAACGGUGAUUUCGGAUACGUUUACAUGAAUGGGGACAUCGGGAAGCUGCCACCAGGGGCGGUCUACCCAGCCACCCCUGAACCUCUGGGUCCACAGGUUGCAGGCGCAAUUGGUGGUGGUGGUGUGCCUAAUAUAGACUACGGAGUCAUGAACGGUGCGCCGAGCGGUAGUGAAUUGAUUCUUGAUGCUGGUGUCGGCAGUCUGGAACCAUCGCCUCAACACGCUAUAAGCAUGCACGGUGGUGCUGUCGGAUAUAGCCCGGUGGAUGUUGCCGCAUUGGGCGACGCUUCUGCCGCUCCUCCAUCUGUACCAAUGACAGAUUUAAAUGUUCCGGGCAUACCGUUGGAGACGCUUAAACAAAUGCUCUCUACACAACUCGAAUACUAUUUCUCCAGAGAGAAUUUAGCCAACGAUACCUAUUUGUUGUCACAAAUGGAUAAUGAUCAGUAUGUGCCGAUAUGGACAGUAGCAAAUUUUAACCAAGUGAAAAAAUUGACGAAAGAUAUUAAACUCAUAACAGAGGUACUGAAAGAGUCUCCCAAUGUUCAAGUUGACGAAGAGGGACAAAAAGUAAGGCCCAAUCAUAAACGAUGUAUCGUAAUACUUCGUGAGAUACCAGAUAGCACUCCGCUAGAAGAUGUCAAGAAUUUAUUUUCUGGGGAGGGCUGCCCGAGAAUUAUUUCAUGCGAGUUUGCUCACAAUAGUUCGUGGUACGUGACAUUCGAAUCCGACGAGGAUGCUCAAAAGGCCUACCGGUUUUUACGCGAAGAGGUUCGAGAAUUUCAGGGAAAGCCAAUAAUGGCGAGAAUCAAAGCUAAACCAAUGAACAGGUUACCGAUACCGACGGUAGCCGGUGUAAGUGGUAUAAAGAAUGGCUACAGAACUCCACCUCCUCCUCCUGUCUAUGAUCCUAGCAGUUACACAACUGGACAGCAACGUUUUCUCUAUACCAAUGGUACAACCAUGCCUCAGACAACAAUGCCGGCAUACGCGAACCAAGUCGUUUAUCAACCGUUCUAUCCGGCCGGUAUGAUGCCUUGGGGACCAACUAGUCCCGCUUAUUUCGAGAUGUCUAAUGUCUUUACGAUGAACGGAAUCACGCCGCACAACACGUUCACGCGUUCAAAUACGAGAUUCACUCCUCGACAUAGAAAUCGACAGAGAAAUGGUUCCGAUCGAAGCUGCUUAAUAGACCCGGCCAAUCCCAGUAACAAUAGUAAUAACCAUCAUCACCAUCAUCACCAUCACCACCACCACCAUCAUCAGCCAUCGUCUAUGCCGCCACUGAGUAAUCGUAGCUCUCAUCCUCCUAUGACCGGCGUUGGCGGCAACAAUAGCGUGUCCUUGAGCUCCUCUACGUCCACUUACCACACCUCGAGUUUGCCUCCUUCGAAGCCGCCUGCUUCUUUGUCCUCUUCUUCCUACCAGUCCGGCACAAAGUUCCAUUCUUCGUCGUCCGCCGUAUCGUCUAUCGAACACGCAAAAGGAGCUUCCUCCUCGUUGUCCUCCGCGCAGGAUCAGGACACAACAGUGGCGGUCGAGCCUUCCUCCACAUCCUCAUCCUCAACGCCUUCGUUUACCCGCCACCGUAUCCAUCGUAGGACCAAAGAUCAGGAUACGAAGGUAGCCACCGGGAACAACCACUCGCUGCCGGCGAUUAAGGAAUCCUUGCCAGCGAACGGAGGCAACGGCAGCAACAGCAACUGUGGUGGCAGCCGCAGCAGCGGUGUGCAGUUCGACCUUGAGGCAGCCGCUUUUCCACCCCUGCCUGGCCUCGACCCUGACCACGGCAAAGUGUCGAUUGACGUAGGUACCGGUGGCAACGUCAGCGCUGUCGGCAUGGAAUCUUCAUCGCAAAAUCGAUUGUCCGAUGUUGUCAAGGGUACUGCCAAACUCAAGGCCGUUGUCAAGGACAAAGAAAGUGGUAAUCAGUCGCCUCAACUACAGCAACAGCAGCAACCCACAGCGCCUGCGCCAGCAGCGGCGAACACCGCCAGUAGAUCUGCUAGUCCUGGAGCGAGUAUCGGAAUAGAGGCACAGGGAAACGCUGUCACAUCGACGAAUUCUGCGAAUGCAACACAUAUUCUUAAUCCGCCGACGGUCAACAACGAGAAUACGUCGCCGGCCGACGCUGCCGCGCUCAGCACCGUCGCGCUCACUCCCCCGUCAUCUCCUGAUAAAUCUAUAAAGACUGACGACUCGAACAUGGUGAACGGUGUGGACGACGCUGUAGUUGCGAAUACGCACCUGCCGGCAGUAGCCACGUCGACGAUAACGACAGCGACGACAACGGCAACGACGGCGACAUCAGCCGCAGCGACCACGGAUGAUGCCGAGAUGGUAACCAGGUGCGAUUGUAACAACGUCGUCGUCGUCCCUCCUCCUACUGCCUCUUCACAGAACUCCCAAUCGCAAACUGGAAUGGCCUCUGCCUUCCCUAUAGAUCUUACGAGGCCAAGCUAUGCCCAAGUAGCGCAACAUUGCCGCGAGCUACCUUGUACAAAACACAAAACAGAUGAGAGAGAUAGAAACGUUUAAAAGUUGCACGUGACGACAGAAGGAAGAAAACAUCUUGAGCGGCGGAAGCAGCUUAGAUAUAACGAAGCAAAAAGCCAAAAUCUACAAAUUACCACGCGUCAACGGGGUAAUUGAAUGAUAAUUAGCUGUGCUAUAUAUGCUAUGACGUCAUCGCCAUCUUCUCGGGGUCGGAUUGGAUCGAGAAUCAGGAUAUCGGAGCUCGCCGCUGCUUUCACUUACCUAUCUGACCCCCUCCCCCCGAUACUCCCUUCUCAAACCGCCGUCACGUGCUGCAGGCGUGAGGAAGAGAGAACUUUUUACAUUGUACAGUGACGUCUCGCCUACGAUCAACGAUCGAUCGAUCGACGAAUCGAUCAA